AUGGCUGCCACAAUGGACCCAGUCAAGAUUGGCGAUGCCAUCAUAGCAUUUGCUCUCAAUGGACGCUUUCCAGAAGACGCCGACACCUUGCCGCCCGUCUCAGGCACCGAUCUGCAGCCCGCCAUUGAUAGUCUGACCCAGGCAGGGGUAGAGCUCGAGGCCGAGAUACAUCAAAUAAAUGAAGAGACGAAAGAUGACGUCAGUGUCUGGGCCAAAAAUGCGAAGUCGCUCCAGGAAGACAUCAUCCGCUCCAAGACCAUGGCAAACGAAAUCACUCGCCAGUCCGAGGCGCCCGACGUAUCUGGCGAAGCUAUCCUCGAUGCAGAAGGAAAGGUCGAAUUCAUAAAUCGUGAGGUCCAGUAUAGUCAGCAAUUGCACCAAGUCCUGCACAGCAUCAAGGGAGUCAAUGCGCUGCUAAUGCAGGCCGAGCAGGCACUUGCCGAGAAGCGCAUUCUGGAAUCUCUGCGCCUUCUGGAAGAGUCACGAACUGCCUUGGGCAAUGUCAACGCAGCGCGGUCAAGUCGCGUUAUGCGACUUCUCGACAUUCGUGCCUUUGAGCUCAAGUCGUCGGCCUACCAAGUGUUCAAUCAAAUAUGGAAAUCCAUGGUCAACGUUGACGUCGACUCGUGCAAAAUUACCAUUCGCGACACAUCUGAAGACGGCAGCAUGACCCUUGCAGAUGCUUCCACUGGGCUGAAAGCAUACAAGGAAGUUGAUGAGCGCUUAGAACAGCUAUGGCAUAACCUCGACACGUCCAUCGUCUCCCCCCGCAUGGACUACCAAGCCACCUCGUUAAAGAGCAUUGCCGCCAAUGCCAACGAACUCAGCUUCUCCGAACCAACAGAUCACUCCAUAGAUAACCUGCUAACAGACCUCGAGACCGUCUUCUUGUUUGUUGCGAAGAAGCUUCCGGCUGAUCUAUUACCCAGCUUCUCCAGCCAAAUGGUUGCAGAUGUAAUACCGAAACUCAUCGACGACUGGCUCGACAAGGCCGUGCCCUCAUCACUCCAAAACAUGGACACUUUCCAGCACGUCAUCCAACGAACACAACAGUUCUGCACAGCGUUGAGCGAAAAUGGCUACACUGGCCUGGAACGAAUCUCUACGUGGGCUGAAAAGGCGCCCAUGACUUGGCUUGGAAAAUGUCGCGAUACAGCCCUUGAUAGUGUACGGAACAGGUUCACGGGUGGUAUCGGAGACCCCAAACAGGUUGUAAAGAUUGAAAAGCACAUGGUUACUGUUGCCGAAGGCAAGGAGCUUGCUACUACGGGCGCUGGCGCCGCGGCAGAUACUGCCGAUUGGAACGAUGAUUGGGGGGCUGCUUGGAACGAAGAAGAGCCAGCAGUCGAGACAACUCAAGCUACUGAAGAUACACCGAUGGAAGAAGAUGACGGCGCCGACGCCUGGGGCGGUUGGGGCGAGGGUGCAGAUGAAAACCAAGAGAGUGCCAAGGCCGACAUGGCGGGGGAUGACGGCGCCGACGCUUGGGGAUGGGAUGACGAUGCAGCUACUGAGUCUGGGCCAGAGCCAAGAGCCGUCCAGCCAAAGCCUGCCAAAGUGGCCGCCAAGUCAAGGCUACGAGCCGACGAAACGCGCGAGCUCAUUCUCAAGGAAACAUAUAGCAUCUCCUCCAUGCCAGAGCCCGUCUUGGAACUCAUCUUUUCAGUACUGGACGAUGGAUUGGCCCUAACAAGAGAGGAUGAAAAGUUCAGUCUCGUGGCUGGAACGGCACCAGGUCUCUUUGGCCUGCCAACUUUUGCUUUGGCAUUAUUCCGAGCAAUCUCGCCUCAUUACUACUCUCUUGAAGUAGGAGGCAACAUGUAUUUGUACAAUGACGCAAUGUAUCUGGCUGAAAAGCUCGGGGAAUUCAGUGCCAACUGGAAGGAACGCGAAGACGUGACACCCCGAGCAAAAGCCAUGCUACGCCUCGACAACGAUAUCAAGACGUUGCAGAGCUUUGCGAACCGCAGCUACGCUGCCGAGAUGAGCAUUCAACGGACGGUAUUGCAAGAUCUGUUGGGCGACUCGCAAAGCUUGCUGCAGCAGGACGAGAUGGAGGCAGCUGUGGAAGCCGGGACAGCACGCAUACGAACCAUGGCCAGCACCUGGGAAACGAUUCUUGCACGAUCUGUCUGGUCGCAGGCUAUUGGAUCGCUCGUGGACACGCUGGCCAUGCGUCUGAUUAGCGACGUGCUCGAAAUGAGCUCCAUUGGCCAGGAGGAAGCCUACAACAUUGCCAAGCUCAUCUCCGCGGCGACGGAGCUGGACGACCUCUUUCUGCCCAGCAAGCUCAGCGACACGGCGCCCACAGAGGACGAGGUGCCGGCGACGGCGCAGUACGCGCCAAGCUGGCUGCGUCUCAAGUACCUCGGCGAGGUUCUGCAGAGCAACCUGAACGAGGUCAAGUAUCUAUGGUGCGACAGCGAGCUGAGUCUCUACUUUACGGUGGACGAGGUUGUGGAUCUGAUCAAGGCGAGCUUUGAGGAGAAUGCAAGGACGCGUGAUACGAUUCGCGAGAUUCGGGCCAAGAAGCCACUCUCUGCAUAG